GUGAUGAACCAUUGUCCUUAGCAUCAAGACUACUGGCUAUGUCAAACAAGGCAGACAGAAACUUUUAUCCAGUGCCCAUCAUUUUGCCAAACUUAAAACUGACUGGACACAUACCUCUCCCAGAACUGCCAUUGAGCGAGCAUGCCUUGCUUCAGUAUGCCCUGGUCCACUCUUUUGUGGAUUUUUUGGAAGAGGUUAGUCUAAGGUUACUACAAGGUGUGGAAGCACGACUGUGUCUAGACUUAGGAUUGGCCACACAUACAUCAUACACUCCUUUGUGUUAAAGAGAGAAGAGCCCCCACUGUAAAAAUUAAAUUUGUUCUAAAUCAAGACAAAAGAAAAACUAAAGUAAUCAAAGCAAGAUGGCUGAUAUAGAGCAUGAGUCCAGUCUUGACCUGGGCAAUGUAAUAAAACAUGAGAAGAAAGAAAGUCUUAAUGAAAUAUGUUUGAUAAAACAGUCAUGUGAACUACAAGACAUGAAAUUGUCACAUGUAAAAAUUGAGAAGACUGAAGGAGAUGAAGUAACUUCUUCUAUGCAGCCAUUUGAAAACUACUGCCAUGGUCAAACUUAUAAUGUAAUCCCGGGACAUCAGGCAAAUGAUGUUCUAAAGCAGGAGAUAAAAAUGUCUUGUACUACUGAAAGUGAUGAACCAUUGUCCUUAGCAUCAAGACUACUGGCUAUGUCAAACAAGGCAGACAGAAACUUUUAUCCAGUGCCCAUCAUUUUGCCAAACUUAAAACUGACUGGACACAUACCUCUCCCAGAACUGCCAUUGAGCGAGAUAAAAAACAUGAGGCAAGAAGAAGAAAUGACUUCAACAAAUGUAAUUCUAAAUGCAAUGCAAGAUCAUAUGGAACCAAGCCUAUCCAAUGAAAUUGUUUCAGAUAAGAUCAAGAAAUCUACUUGCACUGAUAAUCAUCAAAUAAUUAAACUUUUCACUUGCCAAAUUUGUCAAAAAGGAUUUUCUAGCUCUAAAAUAUUACAAAAUCAUGAGUUGAUUCAUGCUGGAAAAAAAACAAAUAAAUGUCAAAUAUGUCACAAAGGUUUUUCUUCGUCUAGUUAUUUGAAACAACACCUACUGAUUCAUACUGGUGAACUACCAUUUAAAUGUGACACAUGUGGAAAAGGAUUAUAUAAUUUUUCAUCUUUGAAACGACACCAACUUGUUCAUACUAGCAAAAAAACAUUUAAAUGUCAAAUAUGUCAGAAAGGAUUUUCUAGGUCUAGUCAUUUUGAACAACAUCAACUGAUUCAUACUGGUGAACAACCAUUUAAAUGUCAAAUAUGUCAGAAAGGAUUUUCUAGGUAUAGUUAUUUGAAAAAACACCAACUGACUCAUACUGGUGAAAAACCAUUUAAAUGUCAAAUAUGUCAGAAAGGUUUUUCUUCCUCUGCUAACCUGAAAGGACACCAACCAGUUCAUACUGGUGAAAAUCCAUUUAAAUGUGAAAUAUGUCAAAAAGGAUUUUCAUCGUCUAGUAAUUUGAAACAACACCAAUUUAUUCAUACUGGUGAAAGACCAUUUAAAUGUGAAAUUUGUCACAAAAGUUUUUCUUCGUCUAGUAAUUUGAAACAACACCAAUUUAUUCAUACUGGUAAAAGACCAUUUAAAUGUCAAAUAUGUCACAAAGGUUUUUCUUCGUCUAGUUAUUUGAAACAACACGUACUGAUUCAUACUGGUAAACAACCAUUUAACUGUGACACAUGUGGAAAAGGAUUAUAUAAUUCUUCAUCUUUGAAACAACACCAACAAGUUCAUGCUGGUGAAAAACCAUUUAAAUGUCAAAUAUGUCAGAAAGAAUUUUCUAGGUCUGGUCAUUUGAAACGACACCAACUGAUUCAUACUGGCGAAAAACCAUUUAAAUGUCAAAUAUGUCAGAAAGGAUUUUCUAGGUAUAUUUAUUUGAAAGAACACCAACUGAUUCAUACUGGUAAACAACCAUUUAAAUGUCAAAUAUGUCAGGAAGGAUUUUUUAGGUCUGGUCAUUUGAAACGACACCAACUGAUUCAUACUGGUGAACAACCAUUUAAAUGUCAAAUAUGUCAGAAAGGAUUUUCAUUGUCUAGUUAUUUGAAACGACACCAACUUGUUCAUACUAGCGAAAAACCAUUUAAAUGUCAAAUAUGUCCGAAAGGAUUUUCUAGGUAUAGUUAUUUGAAAGAACACCAACUGAUUCAUACUGGUGAACAACCAUUUAAAUGUCAAAUAUGUCAGAAAGGAUUUUUGAAGUCUAGUAAUUUGAAACGACACCUAAUUGUUCAUACUGGUGAAAAAAAAUUUGAAAUCAGUGGUUCACAAACUUUUUUGUCUCAUAGACCCCCUGUCAUGUUUUCUAGUUUUUGGUAGACCCCCUGGUAACUUAGAUGUUUCUGCAAAUUCAUCAACAUUUUAAAAAAGUAAUUACUAACUGUAGUGAGCUGAGAAGUGAAAAAGUAAUUUAAAGCUACAUAUUAAGUUAUAGAGAUCUAUCAUUUUUAUUGACGAAAUUCAAAUUUAAACCAAUGAAAAUAAAAAUUUAUUAAUAAUCAUUGCUGGAAAUGUUGUUGAUUGUUCUUUGCAGGUUUAUUAUCCAUACAAAUGAUAUUAUAUUUCAUAUAGGAAUUUGUUGUUCUAUGAAGUAGUUAUUCAAACAUUAAAUAUUUAUUAAUUUGCCUAA